AUGACGGUUCAGUUAAUAUGGGGCCAUUGGCAUUGGGCAUCUUGUUUGAGACAAGUAGUUAUUAUUCAUCUUGCUCCAGAUCAAGACGAUAUGUUUGAAUGGUUUGAAGAUCGGUUCAAUCGCAGAUUUCAUGUUGAAACAUUCGAACAGAUUGUUGAUCGUUAUGAAGAAGUUUAUCUUGAAAGUUUAUCCUCGGUAUUAAACAAUUAUACGUUGGUUGAAUCAUACACAAGAACCAUGUUGGUGACUUUAAAAUUAACAUUUCAAUCAGCAUAUGGCAAUGAAACAUCAAAUUCAGUACUGACCAUGCUAAAUACAAUUUUAAUGUUAUUUUGGGGAUGGAUUUAUAGAGCUUAUGUGACGAUUCAUUUGUCAAAUGUGAUAAUUGCAACCGUUAAUUCAGAGUACAAAUACGAUGCAUUUGGAAAAGAACUUGAAGCCUAUUCAAAGGCCAAAGGAUUGUCAAGAGAUUUAAAAAUAAAAAUUAAAUCUUUCUAUAAAAGGAUAUUCAAGAAAAAUUAUUUCAAUGAAGAUAAAAUCAAAUUAUCGACACCAAUUCACUUACGAAAGCAAAUCAUGAUGCAUUCAUGUUCACAUUUGGUAGAGAAAGUUCAUUUAUUCAAAGAAAUUCCAAACCUAAUUCUUGAGAACAUCAUAAGUUGCUUAAAAAUGGAAAUUUAUUUUCCUGGUGAUGUCAUCAUAAAGGCAAACACGAUUGGAGAUGCAAUGUUCUUUAUUGCUUUUGGAACAACUUCGAUUUAUUCAUCAUCUGGAAAUUUAGUGGGAACUUUAACCGACGGCUCUUACUUUGGUGAAAUUUCCCUUUUAUUUAGAAAGAAGAAGAGAACUGCGAGUGUUGUCGCAUGCGAAUUAUGCGAAAUUUACAGAUUGAAUGCAAAAGAUUUUCAUAAAGUUAUCGAGCCUCACAGUGAAAUUCUUUAUCGUUUGGAAGGAAUUUCUCAAAGCAGAAUGAAUGCAACAAAUACUCGAAUAUGUGAAAGCACACCACCUUAUUACAAUAAUAACAAAAAGUGA